AAUAUAAUUAUAAUUUAUCUUUUUCCCACCGAAGCAGCCCUCAAUCGCCGUAAUCAAUCCCUAAUCGACACAAACUUCCCUCUUUAACUCUUCUUUUCAACCUCUGCCGGAAUCCGUCAGUUUGGUUCUGAUCAACCUCUCGCAGGUUGAGUAUUGAAAAUAUUUCAUUGACAAUUGAGAAAACACAAUGAGUUCUCCACCUCCUCUUGAUGAUGAAGAUGAUAACGAACCAUCUUUCAUUGACGAGGCUGACAUUAUCCAUGAAGUUGAAAUGGAUAAUGAAGAUCUUCCUGACGCUGAUGAUGAUUAUGAACUUGAGGACGAGGAUGGUGAUUUUCUGCACAAGUUCACGGCUCAUACUGGGGAGUUGUACUCAGUUGCCUCCAGCCCAACUGAUGCAGCCCUAGUGGCUACUGGUGGUGGUGAUGACAGAGGAUUUCUCUGGAAGAUUGGCCAAGGAGAUUGGGCUUUUGAGCUUCCAGGUCAUGAAGAAUCUGUAUCUAGUUUAGCUUUUAGCUAUGAUGGAUAGCGUUUGGCAUCAGGAAGCUUAGAUGGAAUUAUUAAAGUCUGGGAUGUAUCAGGAAAUUUGGAAGGUAAAAAACUUGAAGGUCCUGGAGGGGGCAUUGAGUGGCUUAGUUGGCAUCCAAGAGGACAUAUACUCUUAGCUGGUUCUGAGGAUUUUACCAUUUGGAUGUGGAAUACUGAUAAUGCUGCCUUACUUAAUACAUUUAUUGGUCAUGGUGAUAGUGUAAGCUGUGGUGAUUUUACUCCUGAUGGGAAAAUAAUAUGUACUGGAUCUAACGAUGCAACCUUGAGAAUAUGGAAUCCAAAAAGUGCAGAAAGCACUCAUGUUGUGCGGGGCCAUCCAUACCAUACCGAGGGGUUAACAUGCUUGACAAUAAAUUCAACUUCAACUCUCGCACUUUCUGGUUCUAAGGAUGGAUCUGUUCAUAUUGUGAAUAUUACCACAGGAAGAGUUGUUGAUAAUAAUGCCCUCGCUCCUCAUUCAGAUUCCAUCGAGUGUGUUGGGUUUUCACCAAGUGAUUCGUGGGCCGCAGUUGGAAGCAUGGAUAAAAAAUUGAUCAUCUGGGAUAUAGAGCAUUUAAUACCCCGAGCCACCUGUGAUCACGAGGAUGGAGUGACAUGUUUGACAUGGCUCGGCGCAUCAUAUGUAGCUACUGGUUGUGUGGAUGGUAAGGUGAGAUUGUGGGAUAGCCGGUCUGGGGAAUGUGUAAAAACAUUAAAGGGACACUCUGAUGCCAUUCAGUCUCUUUCUGUGUCUGCUAAUCGGGAUUACCUUGUUUCGGCCUCGCUUGAUGGAACAGCUUGUGCUUUUGAGGUUGAAAAUUUUCGGUAACCAAUCCCUGUUGUAGCAUUGCGUAGGAUUGAGGUUCUCAAUCAUCAAAGCAGAAUCUUUAUGUUAUAUCCUUGGCUUGGAGGUGUGGUGUUACUGUACACAAGCCAGAUUGUUAUUUUUAUGCUGAAAGUAAAAAGGUUAGAUUGUUUUACAUCGUUUUC